AUGAAUAAGAGGAGAGAUGACAAGAAGAGGAAGUUGAACAAGAACGAAAACGAAAACAUGAACAGGAAACACAAACGAAAACCAUUCCCGCCUCUCACUGAAGAUAUCACCACUGAAAACCUUUCAAAGUUACCGCUGAGAAGUCUCUUGCAAUACAGGUGUGUAUGCAAACGAUGGAGCAUCCAAUCUAAUAGUAACCCUAAACUUAUUCAUUCGAAGAAGAAUAGCUUCAGUCUCUUGCUUAUAGACGGUGAAAGAAGACUGCACUCUUUGGAUAAUGAUUCACUGUCAUCAUCAUUAUCCGGUGGUAUCGAUGGACGUCUUAAGAAGACUCGUUGCCUACUCGGUGUCCUUAAGAACACAAAUAUUGUGGGUUCUUGUAAUGGCUUGUUUUACAUGUAUCGUGAAGAGAAUGAAUUUUGGUUGUGGCAUCCAUGUUUGUGGAACCCAUAUACCCAAGAGUUGAAAUACCUACGAAAACCUGAAUUUCCAGUGAGAGAGGAUUGGUGCAUUCUACACAGAGGACAUGGAUUUGGUUAUGAUGCAAAGAGUGAUGAUUAUAAGUGUGUACGUAUUUUUAUCUAUUCAAGAUAUUCAGGAAACAGGCAGCAGUCUGAAGUUCACAUCUAUUCAUUCCGAUCGGAUAAAUGGAAACGAAUAUAUAUCCCAUAUUUAUUGAUCACUCGCGACGUGGAAUAUGUGGAAGCACCAAAUGGGGUAUUCUGUAAUGGACCUCUUCAUUGGUUUGCAAGAACGACAUACCGAAGUGUUACUAGCUUUUGA